UCUGUUUACCGUUGCAUCCACUCAAAUCAAAGACCUACAGGUCCAAGAUUUGUCUGGAAUCCGAAAUGUAAAAUACAGACAUUUCCUGGAUAGUGUAAGGCCAACCAAACACACCACCCAUGUCAAAACGAGACAGGACCAGGACAGACACCGGACAAAGAGGUCUAUGUUCUUCACCACUGGGGUGAAAGUAUGUCCUCAAGAGAAUAUAAAGGAGGUCAUCUCCAGCCAUCGGGCCUACUACAAACUCAGAGUUUGUCAAGAGGCGAUAUGGGAGGCCUUCCUCAUCUUCCUGGACAGGGUUCCUAACUCAGAGGAGUACAAGCAUUGGACUUAUGCCUGCCAACAUGGCUCUCUCUGUCUGGACGAGGUGGCAAGGAACUUCAGCAGUACCCAGGAACAUAUUGACAUGGUGGCCACAAGAGUUGCUGAACAGGAGAAGAUCAAGCAACAAAGCGGUGAAGUAUCAACAGCUGGAGGAACUGAGAUUGAGAAAUGCUCGAAAACUCCAUCAGAACUGUUUAUCAUUCCGACUGAAGCAAGGGAGAUAACAGAGAUUCCAAACAUUGUACCAGAGGAGGCGAUUAUUGAGGAGCAGAUAGUGGAGUUCAGUGUCACCAUAGCAGACCCUGGCUACAGUGAACUUGUUCUGAGUGACCCUGCAGCUCCCCAGUACCAUGACAUCACACGCGAUCUCCAUGAUACGAUGGUUCAUGUUUUUGACAAACUUCCUGGGUUCAAAGAUCUUCGUGUUUUGGGAUUUCGGUUCGUUGAACUUCGAUCUGAUGAUAUGUCAGUCCGCUAUGCUGUGGUGUUUGAGACGAAUGGAGAAGACCAUGAAGAAGAAUCUAUUUCCACUAUAGAACCAGGCACAGGGACAGGGACAGUUGUUUACACAAAUGGACACAGACUGAAGGAUAUGGUUUACAUGGCCUUAAACGUGGAGACGUCCCUGCCUGUGGACAUACAUACACUCAGUUUUGAACCGGAUCCCACUGUUUCUCUAAGAGAGGAGUUGGAGGCGACAACCUUGGAAACCUUGCCAGAGGAGGGUGUCGGGGCACACUGA